UACCCGCCUCUCCGAUUUUAUUGCAUUUUUUUAACAAUGUAAAUCCAUUCCAAUAUUCUUUUAAAGCCUCUCAUACGCUGUGUCUCUGUGCAGGUCAAGUAGGGAGCAUUCUAAUAUUUCCAUGAAACAGAUAAGCCAUUCCUCUAGGUGCAGGGUGAUCAUUGCUCGCUGAGGUCCUGCUGGCGUCAAGAGGUCUCUGCAGCUCCCAGAAGAACAGAGCACUCAGAAACUCCCCCGAUGUCUGACCUGGAGUUUGGUGGCAUGUCCAUAAAGGAGGUGGAAAUGGACGGCAAGUACAAACCGCCGCAGCCUCACUGGUAUGAGCUGUAUGCCCAGCCCUGCGUGGCCGAGCUCCUGGGGUCGGCAUUGUUCAUCUUCAUCGGGUGCGCGUCAGUGAUUGAGAACGUGGACGGCACGGGGAGGCUGCAGCCCGCCCUGGCACAUGGGUUGGCUCUUGGGCUCAUCAUCGCCAUUUUGGGAAACAUCAGCGGUGGCCAUUUUAACCCAGCUGUCUCCUUGGCCGCAUGGCUGAUUGGUGGGCUGAACAUCAUGCUGCUUAUCCCUUACUGGCUCUCCCAGCUGUGUGGGGGGCUGAUCGGAGCUGGCCUGGCAAAGAGGCGCUAUAUCUGGGGCUUGCAUGAACCCUGCCAGAGCUUUUGGACCAGCGCUUGUAGCAAACUACUGGGACUAUCACUGGGUUUACUGGGUAGGGCCCAUGGUAGCCAGCCUGCUAGUUGGUGCAUUGAUAAGGCUCCUGAUUGGCGACAGGAAAAUCCGCCUGCUCCUGAAGUGAGCCCUGGAUUGGGCCUGCCUGCGGGACACAAUCACUUAUGGAUAGGAAAUUGGCUCUACUUGGCCCUCGGGAGAAACUCUGCUUCACCACACACCAGUGCCUCCGUUCUCACUGUCUGGCCACGUGGAGCUGCUCCGGGAUCCCAGCUUUCCAGUCUGUUUCCCCCAGAGAGCAGGUGUUGGCAGGAUGAGCCCACCUGAAGCUACAGAUUCUGUAAAAAACAAACAAAUCCAAACCAAAAAAAUCAGUUGUGUUGAGAUUAAAGCAAAGGCCUGGCUGGCUGGGUAGGAGCGCUAGGAGAGCUGGCCUUUCCUCUCGGGGCUGGGGCAGUGCCCUCUUGCUACUGCACAAAUGGCAGCCAGAAGCCAGAGCAGUUGUCCUGGGGGUUAAUAUCCUGUAUGGAGAUAAGCUAAAAUGGGCAGGAGGGUCUGGUGGGCAGUGAUGAAGCAGGGCUGGCCUGGUUUGCACAGCGCUCCCGCUGGCAUGACGGAGUGCGGCUGCAGCACCUCGAUGAUGCCAAUGCGCUUGCUGCUCCAGUCGCUGGGGAAAUUUGCUUCCUUUACUGUUCUGUUCUGGAGAUGGGAGCGCCCAUCCCUGUGUUCCCCUGGCCCUACUGCGUUCCCGGCGCAGCACACGUGGUGCUUCUGCAGAAAGCACUUUAUCAUUGUGUCCCACGGCCCCAUCCCCUGUGCUGACUCUCCAGCAGUCUCUUCUGCUCCCCAGGGCUGGCUGACAUCUCCGCUGGUUGCCAGACGCUGUAAUGAGGAGCCUGCUCUAAUCCUAAUAAGGUGAAUAAAAGCCGAGUUGAA